GGAGACAGCUCUUUUAUAACUUUAGUGACUACUCAAAAUCUCUGUCACUUCUCAUCUUCUUUUCUCAACUUUGCUCACAACCCAUCUGGACUUUUCUGCAAAUUCUUCAUCUUUUGUCUGUUGUUGUAUCAGUUACUGCAAUCCCAGCAGACCCAGUUCGUUAGUGAGUUCAAGAAUGGUAGGCUGUGAACUAUCUAAAAAGACAAAGAAAUCAGAUUGGCUUGAUACUCUUUUGCAUAGCAAAUUCUUUGGUUCCUGUGGUGUUCAUCAAGAUCUUCGCAAAAAUGAGAAGAAUGUCUUUUGCAUUGACUGUAAUCUCCGGCUCUGUAGGCACUGUAUGAAAGCUCAUUGUCACCAUACAAAGCUUCAAAUCUGCAAAUAUGUAUAUCAUGAUGUAAUUCGCCUUCAAGAAAUCCAGAAGCAUGUCGAUUGUGCUAGAAUUCAGACAUAUAAAAUCAAUGGUGACAAGGCUGUGCAUCUAAAUCCUCGUCCAAUGUCCAAGGAUGCCAAACCAUCAACAAAAGCAAAGUUUGGUUCUGCUUGUGAUGUUUGUGGGAGAUAUCUACAAGACAUGCCAAAUCGCUUCUGCUCCAUUGCUUGUAAGGCCUCUGUAGAAUCAGUGAAGCCUAAACACAAAAGUCAAGAUUUCAUCACCUUUGGAAUUCCAGAAUGUGGUGGUUUUUCACCUCAGGGGAAUAACUGUUCGGAAACAUAUAUGAGUGAAAUGGAAUCCUCUCUCUCGUCUGAGGACAUGAAUGUUUGGGUGAGUUCAGCCCUGAAGCCAAGGAGGCAUUUGCACAAGAGGAAAGGCAUCCCUCACAGGUCUCCUUUCUGUUGAUCCCCAAAUGAGAUCCUUGAUAUUGUUUUUGCCCCUUUUGUCUGUCCUUGAUAUUCUCGGUUUAUAUUCAACGAUUAAAACCAUAAAACCACAGCUACUGUAUCAUCUAAGUUGCCACAUUUUCUCAUAUAAGUGUUUGAAGUUGUACAGCAUGAGAUUAUUCACUUCAUUCUUGUGCAAAUGCCUGGAUGUUGAUAAUGUAUGAUUCUUUAGAUUUU